AUGGAUCAUGAUCUGACUGAGGAAAUGGAGCUUGCAUUCAUGUCGCCAGACAUCGAUCUGUCUCACGAGCACCUUCUUCCACCGCCAAUUCAAUCCGAUAAUGCCUCGCAGGUCAACGGAGUCUCAGCACAACUAUCAAUCGGCGAAGAGCCUACGGACACUGACGAUGAUACACCAUUGUUAGCCGCAAAGCACGUGGGCCCCCAGGCAAGAUUUGCCUCUAUCACCGCGCUCUCGCCAUGGUUUCCGGAAGCAGACCCCGACAGCGACGAGGCUCAAACAUUCCGCGUUAAGCGUUCCCAACGCAAAUUUUUGCUCAAUGGUUGUGCGGGACUCGCGGCUUUCACCUUUGUUAUCAACUUAGGAUCAUUACUAUACGUUCAUUAUGAUGCUGAGGACGAGUCCAUUUUCAGCGGCGACUGUGAUCAGAGUGCAAAGUUGAAUUCGGUAUUGCAUGUGCUGAUCAACAUCUUGAGCACUUGCUUGUUAGGUGCAUCCAACGUCUGCAUGCAGUUGCUUGUCGCCCCGAGGAGGUCGCAGAUCGAUUUCGCUCACAAAAGCUACAAGUGGCUCGACAUUGGAAUACCGAGCGUCCAUAACUUUCGUACAAUUGCUUGGAAGCAGAAGCUGUUAUGGUUGUUCUUCGCCUUGACUUCACUGCCGCUCCACUUCCUGUACAAUUUAUCGGUCUACGGCACUGUUGCUGUCAACACCUAUGUCAUUCUUGUCGUCACUCCGGGUUUCAUCAAUGGAGCACGAUCUGACGCCAGGGCAUCUGAAGAGCAAGCCAAGUCAAGAGAGAAUAUAACUAUGUUGGACCCUGUGGAGUGUCUUUCGGCUUACACCACGUCUUUCGGGACCCAAUCAGACGUUAUCCUAGUCUCUACUUACGACUUGGCCAUUAACACCACUGUCGCCGAAGACUUACCACUGCUCUUCGCUGCUGAGGAGUACCGACUAAUUGGCCCAGGAGUAUUCUGGGCCUGCUCUACCACCAAUUCUUUUGAUUGCAGAUCACCUGAGAAGUGGAAGAACGAUCCCAGUCUGGUCUCGAAUUGGAACGUAUACGGGUACAAAAUAGACUACUGUCUUCAAAGUCAACACGACAAUUCAGAUCUAUGCCGUGUCAUGUAUACGGCGCCGAUAUUGAUAAUCAUGACCCGAUAUCUCUGUCUCGAUCAAGAUGAUCCUGCUAUCUGUACUAUCGGUGAUGCUGUCGCCUCUUUCUUGAAGCGCCAAGACGAAACCACCAAGAACAUCUGCCUGACAGACUACUCCAAAAUCACAAGAGACAAACAGUAUUGGCGUGGCAGACCACGCAUGGAGUGGAGGCCGGAGACUAAGCGUUGGUUCUACGGAGCGACUUUACGAAGCUCUAUUUUGGUGCUCUCGGGCGGAGUGGCAUAUCUUAUUGCUUCGUUGUUCCAGAUAAACAAUACCGCCGGCAGCGCCUCCAGCUUCGUUCACUAUGGCUUUGGCAAGAUUAACGACUACGCGCAUGAUAACAUACAAGGGUUCUCGGAUAGGUUUUGGUACGAUGGUACUAUGAAUCCUGAUGGUCGCCGUCCUGUCGUCGGGUUCAGUGUUUGGGCUAUCAUCACCACUAUUUGUAUCGGUCUCAUCUGGGUUUUAGGAGUGCUGAUCCUUACCUUGACCCGCCAUUAUCCUGCUACAAUGCCACUUGGUGCUACGUGUAGUGCUGUGAUCAGCGCUGCCUGUCACCAACCGCUUCCGGAAGAUGAGAAGGCCUACAUGUUUCCGGUGAAAUGGGGCGUUAUUGAAGCUUCCCAGAACGUCAUCGAAGAUCAAGGUGCUGACUAUGACGGAGCUACCUUCCCUCAUUGCAGCUUUACAACAGCUCGAGACGUCCGUCCACCGAUACCUGGUCAGAUAUACAUCUAG